AUGGUGGUGGACGAGCAUGACGAGCUACAUGAAGCUACCCAGAGAGAAGCCAAACUCCAAAGGCAAAUUGAUGAUUUGCAAGGUCAAGUAACCGGGUUACAUAGAAGGCGGGAAGAGACCAAUCCCAAGCUGUCCUCGGAGUUCCAGAUCCUGAAGGAAAAGCUCAACGAUCACUCCAAGCAACUGGAGCAGAGCACCGAGAAGCUUAGCCAGCUCGAAUCGGAGAAUCUUACCCUUCGAGACGAGAACCAAUCCCUUAACGCGGCAAGCAACAAGAAGCGUCGAUUCCGGACUCAGGCCAAGGAUGCCCAGACCUGCGACGUGGAGGACAGCGACUCGGAGCCCGAGCCUGAUAAAGAAGCAUCGGACGGAGCAGCGAGAGCGGAGUCUCCUAUGAUCUCUCAACUUCACCAGAUGUUCUCCGAUAGACUCGACGCCAUGCAGUCCAUGGUAGAGAAACUCCCGGGGUUAGCUCCCCCCAUCCGGAAGAGCAACCCCGACUCCUACGCCGAUACUCCCUUCACGGAUGAGAUCACCUUGAUCGAGAUGCCCAGGAAGUUUUCUUUCCCCAGCAUAAAGGCGUAUGACGGCACCACUGAUCCGGACGACCACGUCGCCCAAUACAGACAAAGGAUGCUCACCGUAGCACUCCCAAAGGGGUCACGCGAAGCUACCAUUUGCAAAGUUUUCGGCUCUGCUCUGACCGGACCCGCUCUGCAAUGGUAUAUCAGAGAGUUCUACGCCAGCUUCAAUCAAGAGAAGGUGGCUAUCCCCGAAUGCAGUAUCCACACGGCUAUCUCUGCUUUCAAGAUAGGUCUACUCCCCGACGGAAACCUCUACAAGGAGCUGACCAAAUAUCAGUGCAAAACCAUGGAAGACGUCCUAUCUCGAGCUUGGGCGCUGGUCAAAUGGGAGGAAGAUGCCGCAAGCCGUGCCAAAGCGCAACAAAAGCAAGAUCCCAAGACGAUCAGACCAGAUCGAACCGAGCGAGAUGAGAAAUCCUCUCAAAGACCAGCUAGGGAUUCCGGGAAUCGAAACCGGGAGGACUGCGUCGCACUAAAGAUCGAGGUCAACAAGCUGCUUAGGAAAGGGAACCUCAGGGAGUUCCUUUUCGAGAAGGCCAAGAGCCAUCUAAGCAAGGAUACAACGGGUAAGCCCACUGAAGCUGCUCCUGAAAUCAGCGGCAUAAGCCAUGCAGCUGCGAAGAAAAGCACCUGGAAUGCCAAGCACGGCCUAGAGACAUCCAAGCCGAAACGCCUGCUCCUAGGAACAGACGAGAUAAGCUUCACGGCCAAGGAGCAGGAGAAAGUCCUCAUUCCACAUCAUGACGCCCUGGUUAUCUCGCUUAUUGUAGCAAUCUGCCUGGUUAAAAGGAUACUGGUAGAUAAUGGAAGCUCCGGCAACAUCAUCUUCCAGGCCGCAUACAAGGAUCUAGGGCUGGAGGAAGGCGCUCUAACUCAGAGGAUAACCCCCCUUAUAAUGUUCAUCGGGGAAGUCAAACAAACCGCCGGGGAGGUAACCCUCCCCGUAUACGCCAAAGGAAUCAACAUGUCAAACAUGUUCCUUGUUGUUGAUUGCGAUUCAUCUUACAACAUGAUCUUAGGACGGCCCUGGAUUCAUGCAAUGGGGGCCGUCCUCUCGACUCUUCACCAAAUGGUGAAAUUCCCUACACCCUGGGGCAUAAAGGCGAUCAGAGGGUAUCAUGAAUAUUCCUGCUCCUGCUAUCAGACCACUCUGAAGGGAAAGACCAAGGCCUUAUAG